AUGGCAGUAGGUAAAAAUAAGAGACUUUCUAAAGGAAAGAAAGGAUUGAAAAAGAAGGUCGUCGACCCAUUCACCAGAAAAGAUUGGUUUGACAUUAAAGCCCCAACCACCUUUGAAAACAGAAAUGUUGGUAAAACUUUAAUCAACAGAUCCACUGGUUUGAAGAAUGCAGCCGAUGGAUUAAAGGGAAGAGUUUUCGAAGUUUGUUUGGCUGACUUGCAAGGUUCAGAAGACCACUCAUACAGAAAGAUCAAAUUGAGAGUUGAUGAAGUUCAAGGUAAAAACUUGUUGACCAACUUCCACGGUUUGGAUUUCACCUCAGACAAAAUAAGAUCAUUGGUUAGAAAAUGGCAAUCAUUGGUUGAAGCCAAUGUUACUGUCAAGACUGCCGAUGACUACGUUUUGAGAGUAUUUGCCAUUGCCUUCACCAAGAGACAACCAAACCAAAUCAAAAAGACCACUUAUGCUCAAUCAUCCAAAUUGAGAGAAAUCAGAAAGAAGAUGACUGAAAUCAUGCAAAGAGAAGUUUCCAACUGUACUUUGGCUCAAUUAACCUCCAAGUUGAUUCCAGAAGUUAUUGGUCGUGAAAUUGAAAAAUCUACUCAAACUAUCUUCCCAUUGCAAAACGUUCACAUCAGAAAAGUCAAAUUGUUGAAACAACCAAAAUUCGACUUGGGUUCAUUGUUGGCUUUGCACGGUGAAGGUUCAACUGAAGAAAAGGGUAAGAAGGUUUCAGGUGGUUUCAAGGAUGUUGUUUUGGAAUCAGUUUAA